GCAAUCAAAGUUCGAAGGCACUCUUCUUGCUACUUUUUAACUGUCGACACCGAUUUUGUUCACUAUUUUCUAGCGUAAAUAGAAAAUGUUUUGAGUUUCUAAAAAAAUGGCACCCAACUACAGUAAACUCAUCACCAGAAAUAAUGCCCUGGCAGCGGCUGGGGCGUUGACAGCAAUUUAUAUGGUAGCAAGAAGAAGAAACCAGAAAUCCUACAAACUAGAAAGGAAAAGAGUCAUAAAACAAGUUGAAGAGGAGGUUAAGUACAUGAUAUCUGAGAAAAAAGAGAACAAAAUAAAGGCUCAUGUGGACAAAGAGUUCUUCAAGCAGCUCUCGGAACUGCUUAAAAUUAUUAUUCCAGGGUGGACAUCCCCAGAAUGUGGUUUUUUAGUGCUAGUGGCUGGCAGCUUAGUGGCCCGAUCUAUGUGCGACUUGUGGCUUAUUAACAAUGGAACCAAAAUUGAAAGUGCAAUUGUUUCCAUGGAUAAACAGCUGUUUAAAAAGCGUCUUUUAAACUUUUUCCUGGCAAUCCCAGUAAUUUCCGUGGUAAACAACAUUCUUAAGUACUCAAUUGGAGAGUUGAAGAUCCGACUUCGAACAAACCUGACUAAAAGACUUUACGACGACUACCUCAAAAACUUCACUUACUAUAGGAUGUCGAAUUUGGACAAUCGAAUCUCGAACGCCGAUCAACUUUUGACCACCGACGUGGACAAAUUUUGCGAGAGCGUGGCGGAUCUGUACACAAACACCGCUAAACCAUUGCUGGACAUCGGCAUCUACGUGUACAAGUUGUCCACAACGCUGGGCGGGGGAACCCCCAGCAUGAUGCUGGGCUACUUGUUUGUGUCUGGAGCCAUCCUGACUCACCUGCGCAAACCCACGGCCAGACUGACGGCCGGGGAGCAAAAGUUGGAAGGGGAGUUUAGACACAUCAACUCCAGGCUGAUCACGCAUUCGGAGGAGGUGGCGUUUUACAAUGGAAACGCGAGGGAGAAGGCCACUUUGUUGGCCAGCUACAACAAGCUCUACAAGCACUUAAAGCAGUUCUUGCAUUUUAAGAUUGUCAUGGGGGUUGUUGACAAUUUCGUUGCCAAAUAUUUUGCGAGUAUAGUUGGGUUUUGGGCUGUCUCACUACCCUUUAUGACCGGCAAUCAGCACAUCACUACGGCGGAUCACGGAGAGAGGUCACGCAUGUAUUACACGUACGGCAGGAUGCUGGUGAAGCUGGCCGAAGCUAUCGGCCGACUCGUUUUGGCCGGCAGAGAGUUGACCAGGCUGGCCGGUUUCACCGCCAGAGUGACGCAGCUGCGCACUGUUCUAAACGAGCUCAACGAGGGAAAAUACGUGCGCACUAUGGUAGCAGGCUGCGAGGAUUUAAAGCCGGACGGAAAGAUGAUUUUCCAAAACAACGUCAUCAAAUUCGAUAAGGUACCUUUAAUAACGCCAAACGGCGAUGUAUUAAUCAAGGAAAUUAGCUUCGAGAUUACUUCCGGUAUGAACGUUUUGGUCUGCGGGCCAAACGGCGCCGGUAAGUCUUCUCUAUUCAGGGUUCUAGGGGAGCUGUGGCCUUUGUUCGGGGGGGAGUUGACGAAACCCCCGCGGGGGAAACUUUUUUACAUCCCGCAGAGGCCGUACAUGACGCUGGGCUCCCUCAGGGACCAGCUCACGUACCCCCACUCUGGCUCCGAAGCCAAGCGUCGCGGUGCAACCGACGAAAAGCUUUUAGAGCACUUGAACAGGGUUUCUUUGGGGUAUUUGAUCGAGAGGGAGGGGGGGUUGGACGCGAUAGCUGAUUGGCUGGACGUUCUCAGCGGUGGGGAGAAGCAGCGCGUGGCGAUGGCGCGGCUUUUCUACCACCAACCGCAGUUUGCAAUCUUGGACGAGUGCACUAGCGCGGUUAGUGUGGAUGUGGAAGGCAGCAUGUAUCGUUUUUGUCGCGAGGUUGGCAUCACUUUGCUCACGGUUUCGCACCGGAAGUCGCUGUGGCAGCAUCACGAGCACGUUCUGCAUCUGGACGGUAGAGGGGGCUACUCAUUCAAGACGAUAGAGGACAGCACCGAACAAUUCGGAUCUUAGCCUGUGUUUUAUAUUUUUAUAUGCAUAUUUAUUUACAAAGCUUUUAUUUGGAAUGUGAUAGAUUCAAAGGGGCUUUUACUUUUCUAUAAUAGGUACAUUGAUCCAAAAAAUACUAUUCAGAUGGUUAAUACUUCAUUUAUGAACAAUAUGUCUUGCCCCUUAUAUAGUUUAUUUUCUGUACUGUCUCUUUUGUUGAGGGCUUUUGUAUAUUCUAGUUAUUACCUAAAUACAAAAAAUGUUAAAUUAAUUUAUUAUAUAUUAUUUACCAAUUAUUGUGUCCUGUCAAAAUGUAUCAAUAAAUUUUUACUUUUUAUUGUUAA